GGCGCAGUAUUCCCGUUCUUCACCUCUCGCUCCUAUAAAAUCCAACGUGGACAACCAAACGUCCAAGGCCACACACAAACUCCAAACCCAUUACUCUCCUCACGACAUUCUCGCGCUCUCCCCUCCUGUAAAGAUCGGUGGUUGCGAGCGGCGUCACGGUAAAGCGGAGCAAAUUACUCCUAUAUAUUACCCUGCAGCGUAGACCGAUCGAUCGGGCGGCGGCGGCGGCGUAUGGCUGGGAGCGCGAGGUCGGCGGCAGCGAAGCACGCCUACCGGAUGUUCGCGCCGUCCAGGGGCGCAGCGGCGAGGUGCCCCGGAAGCCCCGGGGCGGACGAGUUCGACGAGUCGGACGUGUGGGGCUCGUACGGCGCGGCCGGCGUGGAGUCCAGCCCCGCCGAGCUAGGCGCCCGGGGCCGCGCGAUCCCGUCCGCCCGCGCCGGCCGGAAGGCCCCGCUGGAUCGGGCCGCCGGCUCGCUGCCGGUGAACAUACCGGACUGGCAGAAGAUUCUUGGGGUCGAGUACAGGGAUCACCAGGCCGCUGCUGCGGAGUGGGAGCUCCAGGGCGACGGCGACGACGACUACGAGUACGGCAAGGUGGCCGGCGUCGGCGGCGUGGUGAUACCGCCGCACGAGCUGGCGUGGCGCGGCCGCGCGGCGUCGCUGUCGGUGCACGAGGGGAUCGGGAGGACGCUCAAGGGGCGCGACCUCAGCCGGGUCCGGGACGCGGUCUGGAAGAAGACCGGCUUCGAGGACUGACCGGCGAGCUAGCUGAUCACUCCCGGUGGUUGGCCUCGCCGCGCAGACGUGCAGUAGGUUUAAAAUGAGUACUUAGUAGUACUAAUUACUUUAUUCUCUUUUGUUCUUAUUUCUUUUUCUUUCGCCAUGGACAAGAUAAGAAAUUGGGUAGUAUUCCUAGUCCUAGAAGGCUAGAUGCAAGAGAGGACAGGAAGAGUGGGUGGUUUGUUCAAUCAAGGUGUGACAAUUUUGAGGGCACCUGGAGAUGGUUGGAGUUGGUUGAUCAGCUGAUCGAUCCUGUAUUUUUUUUCUACCCUUCGAGUAUGGGAAAUUCCACAUUACUGCACAGUGUAUGUAUUAUACCACUGUAGUAUGUAGUAUGCAGAAUUGUACAUGCCGUUUUGUGCGAAAUUGCAGAGAGCGAAGAAAUUCAGAAAGAAUCUUGUGUUGACAUGCA